UUCUAAGAAUUGCGCGUUUUUUAAAAUUCUUCUCAGAUUGCUUCCAAUUAGCUAAUAGAUACAAAGCGAGUCAUAUUCCAUAUAUGCACGAGCAAAUAGAAAAGCCGUCUAUUAAUUGAGCCAUUAAAAUAACUGAAACAAUAAAAGGAUACGCUUUUAUUAUUAUAUUUUUCUAUUUACAUACAGCACAUAGUUAUUCAGAAGAUGACUGCGCAAUAUUCCAGGGAUAUGCUGAAAGUAGCUGUGGCAAAGUUAUUGCAAACCGUGGGUUGGGAUACCAGUAAAAGUGAUGCUUUGGAAUACCUCACCGACAUUCUUGAAGUAAACUUAAACGCUUUAGCUGAAAGAACAAAGAACUACGCUAAUCACUUUGGUUGCGUCGAUCCUAACCUGGAUCAUCUAGGAUUAGCGUUUAAAGAUUUCAAAAUACACCUGAACGAGCUGCAGGAUUAUGUGUCUAACACGUCUCCCAUUUUUGAAGAUUCUCUAGAAGAAAACAACCAAAACAUGUCAAACAUGUCAGACAGAAAUGAUUCUGAAUUGGACUCACCAAUAGUGGUUGUAAAAAAUAAUAAUCAAGCUUCCAAAGAUGCGUCUAAGAACAUAAAUACCAGUGAUUCGAGGAAUAAAAGAAAAACAGUUGACAUUGAAAAGAAAACUUCUAAAAGAACAAAAUAAUUUUAAUUUUCAUAUUAAUA